AUGGCUCCAACAUACGUCGACUUGCUCAGCGGCCCAACCUUCACGUUUGAGGUUCAAGGCCAGAGCUUCACAGUACACCGCGGGUUCGUUGCAAAAGUCUCGAAGCCACUUGAGGCGGUGAUGGAGAACGGGAUGCAAGAGUCUGAAAACGGUAUGGCGCCCCUGAAGGAUGUCGACAAAGCCACUUUUGGUCGCUUCAUGGAGUUUGCCUACACUGGAGACUACCAACCUGCGCAUGCCGUGGCUGUGAGCCGAGCGGAGACUGAGUUUGAUAGUGUGAAUGGCAAGCACGAAGACAUGGUCGAGCCGGGAACGGGUGACACCAAUCGUUCCGAGAAUGUGCCUGUUGAGGAGGUCGCCUUCGAGGAGGCGCCUUUCGAGGAGAGUGGUCCUUCAGAGCACAACCGAGAUAUCGAUGCCGCUUUGUUCGGCCUCUUGAGGAACAGGAGUAUGGUGAGGAAGGUCAAGAAGGCAUCGAGCAUGCAUUACGAUCAACGCACAGGAACGCUGUCUAUCAUGAAAGCCAAGCGAGCCGCCCGCUCAACUGAAGACAUGGUCACCAACUCUCGUCUCCCAACAAGCUCUGCGUUCGUUCUCGGCGAUUACUGCACCGCGGAAUACGAUUGCCUCCCAAUCUUCUUGAGCCAUGCUCAGCUCUAUAUCUUCGCCGACUACUAUGCUGUCUUCUCUCUCAAAAGCCUUGCCGCACGCCGACUCGAAGAAGCGCUUUCGGUGCGCGAGGAGCGCGCGCUUUCUUUGACGGAUGUCGUGGCUCUGACCAAAUUCGUUUACGACAAUACGCCGGAAAAGGAGGAAGGACUAGAUGAGCUGAGGCUCGUGGUGACCGAAUUCGCAGCCAAGAACGUAACUGCACUGCGUCAUGCGGAUAGGUUCGAUGACGAGCCAAGAUGGAACCGCAGCGACAGUCUGAUCGACUUGCGUGUCAACCUAUAUCGAAUCAAGACAUCGACUAACCUCCUGUCGAGUGCCCACACGACCUCCGACCGACUCGGCCGUACCAGAGGACUGGCAAUUCGACACGAACAUGUUUCUCUAUGUCACCAACAUGCCUGGGCGGCGCCCAUUUGUCUGCUGGAACAGAUCUCAUCCCCUGGUCUUGAGCAUUUCAAACAUAUUUCUUUGAACAGUUCAUCCUUGUGUCGAGCAACAUAA